AUGCGGCGAAGGGGUCUGAAGUGCGGGGAGGAUGCGCCUGCACACUGUGCGGGGUGUCGGGGUCACUCGCCCAAAAGUUCUUACAGCGGACGGCCGUCCGUUGUAACCGAAGAGGAAAGUUCCAGAAGUCAAGGCUUCGCUGCCUGCGCACCGCCUUUUGAAAAUCACCGGAGUUCGGGCUGCGCUGGUGCAGCUGCUGCAGAGCUGCUGCUGGUUGCAGAAACACUUAGCGAUGAUAAUUUAGAAAUUCAAAUUAAAGAAAGAGAAAAAAUAGAAAAUUCCUUUUGUAGUCUAAUUGCAACAACACAGUUGAUUAUAGAUAGUACAUCCAAUGCUAAUCGUUCAUGCAGCCAUGAAGGCUCAGUUCAGAGUUCUUGUGUUCAUAACAAUUUAAAUAUUAAACUGCCGACUAUUAAUUUACCAGUGUUUGAUGGAAACUAUUUACAAUGGUUAGAAUUUAGAGACACUUUUGAUUCUCUUAUUAACCAAGUAGAUAUGAUUCCCCAAAUAAAUAAAUUCCAUUACUUGCGUAAUUCUCUAAAGGGAGCCGCUGCUGUUGUAAUACAGUCAAUUGAGUUUUCCGGAGACAAUUAUAAGUUAGCAUGGGAUCUUCUUUGUGAUCGGUACAACAACCAAAGAAUUUUAGUAAACAAUCAUUUAAAGGCCUUAUUUCAAUUUGAACCUUUACCAAAAGAAUCCUACAAAGCUAUAAGAUUUAUGAUUGAUACAUAUUCAAAAAAUUUAAAGUCGUUAAAUAAUUUAAAGGAGCCUACUGAGUCUUGGGACACUUUAGUAAUUUAUAUCAUGACUUCAAAAUUAGAUAGUGUCACAGCUCGCAAAUGGGAGGAAAGUAGGGGUGAGUCAACUACUUCUCCCACGCUCAAAGAUUUUUUCCAAUUCUUGAGGAACCGUGCAGACUUUCUGGAAACUGUACAAUUUAAGGGUGAUGUCACCAAACUUGAAAGACAAAUUCCAAAGGAAAAUAAAUAUACUAAGUCUGUAGAAGUAGAUACAACUAAAAUUAACUUACCGUCCAAUAUUACUUUAGCUGAUCCAAACUUUUUCCGUCCUUCUGAAAUACAUAUUCUGUUAGGUGCAGAUGUGUUUUGGGAUAUCGUUGAGUCCAAUCUAAUUAAAACGGGGCGAAACAAACCCACUCUCCAAAGUUCAAAGUUGGGCUGGCUCGUUGCUGGUCCAACCGGCUCAACACAACUAUCAGCUACUGUUAAGUGUAACUUUUCUCAAGAGAUUAGACAAUCUCUUGCCAAAUUUUGGGAAAUGGAAGAAAUAUCCUCCCACUCUAAUGUUUUAUCCAAAGAUGAGGAAUUAUGUGAAUCUCAUUUUAUACAAACUACUAGAAGAUUACCAAAUGGUAGAUUCUCUGUAACAAUUCCUUUAUCUGAAAAACCUGAAGAUGCUUUAGGUGAUUCAUAUGCCAUUGCUAAAAGGCGUUUUAUAAAUUUAGAAAGAAAAUUGACCAAAUUGUCUGAUGUUAAAAAAGACUAUGCUGAUUUUAUUCAUGAGUAUGAAAGGUUAGGUCAUUUAACAGAAAUUCAAAGUCCAAAAUUCGGUUACUAUUUACCACAUCACGCUGUUAUACGUGAACAGAGUGAAAGCACAAAAUUAAGAGUGGUCUUCGAUGCCUCCUGUAAAACCACAUCCGGCAAAUCAUUUAAUGAUAUACAAUUAGUUGGACCAGUAGUGCAAGAUGAUUUGCUUUCGAUUCUUUUACGUUUUCGCCAAAAUACUUACGUUGUUACAGGAGACAUUGAAAAGAUGUACCGCCAAAUUCUUGUUGAUGAGUCUCAGCGCCAUCUUCAACUUAUUCUCUGGAGAGAUGAGGAAAAUCAGCCUUUAAAAACAUUACAACUAAACACAGUGACCUAUGGGACAGCUUCGGCACCCUUCUUAAGUACCCGAUGCUUAGUGCAACUCGGUGAAGAGUGUUCUGAUUUGGCAGUAGCAGAAGUUUUAAAGCAUGACUUCUACGUUGAUGAUUUGAACACUGGGUCCGAUUCAAAGGUACAAUUAGAACAUAUUAUAACAGGUGUUAUCCAAACAUUAAAUAAGGCUUGUUUUCCUCUCCGAAAAUUUCGUACAAAUGCACCAGACAUUUUUGAUAAUUUAAAUAUUACAUAUGAAACCAAAGAUUUUUCUAAACAGGCAACCGUAUUAGGUCUUAAUUGGUCUCCGGACAAAGAUAUAUUACAAUUUUCUACAAGUAAAGAUGUAAAUACAAAAAUAACUAAAAGAAACAUCUUAUCCAAAUCUUGUAAAAUCUUUGAUCCUUUAGGUUUACUUUCAGCUUGCACUAUAAUUCCCAAAAUUAUUCUUCAAAACCUUUGGCAACUAAAAUUAGACUGGGAUGAAGUGAUUCCAGUAGAUAUAAACAAAGCUUGGACUGAUUUUGAAUCACAUAUUGGAAAUAUUGCUAAUAUUGAAAUACCAAGGCAUGUUUUAUGUCCAUCUCCAAUUUCUAUAGAAGUUCAUUGUUUUACAGAUGCAUCUCAAGUUGCAUAUAGUGCCUGUAUUUAUUUAAAAUCCAUAGACAAAUUCGGAAAUUGUUCAGUAAACUUACUCUGUGCAAAGGCUAGAGUAGCUCCUUUAAAACCAGAACUAACUAUUCCUCGUUUAGAAUUGAUGGGCGCUUUAUUAGGUGCUAGAUUGUACAAUAAAGUCAAUAAUUCACUUAGAGUCAAAAUAAAUAAAUCAGUAUUUUGGACUGAUUCAACAAUAGUGUUAGGGUGGAUACAAACUAAACCUAAAACGUUAAAAUUAUUUGUUUGUAAUCGAAUUCAAGAAAUACGUGAGUUAACAAAAAAUGAUUGCUCUUGGAGACACGUCCCUACUACUGAGAACCCUGCAGAUUUAUCAUCUCGGGGAGUUAGCACUCAAGUACUCAGCAAUAGUGAACUUUGGUGGAACGGUCCCAAGUUUCUAUCCAAAGAUGAAGUUGAUUGGCCUCCAACUAAAUUUGAAUUAAAUUUACCUGAAACAAAGGUUGCAUGUAGUGUACAAAUUCAACAAAGUGUAAUACCAUUUCAACAUUAUUCCAAAUUGUCUAAAUUACAAAGAGUAACUGCAUAUGUGUUUCGUUUUAUAAAAAAUUGUAAAGUUAUUCCUUCAGCACGUCAGACUGGUGAACUUACAACCGAUGAAGUACAAAAUUCGUUAAUAAUUUUAGCAAAAUUGUCCCAAAGAGAAUCUUUUCCAAACGACAUUCAUACUUUAAAAAAUACAAAUUCAUUAAAUCGUAAGUCAAAUAUAGUGUCACUUAACCCUUUUUUAGAUAAGGAAGGAGUUCUCCGUGUCGGAGGACGUAUUAAAAAUGCAUCUCAUUGUCCAUACAGUCAGAUUCAUCCAAUAUUGAUCAAUUCCAAUCAUCAUUUUACCAAACUUCUUUUCAUGCAUGAACAUAACCGACUACUUCAUUGUGGUCCCCAACAAUUAUUAAGUUCAGUGCGUGAACAAUUUUGGCCCACAGGUGGCCGUGUAUUAGCUAAAACUACUGUAAACAAAUGUAUAACUUGUACAAAAUUAAAAGCAAAACCAUUGCAACAAAUAAUGGGUAACUUACAUCAAUUUAGAGUGACUCCUGCUGCUCCAUUUGAGAACUGUGGUACUGACUUUGCAGGGCCCUUUUCAAUCAUAAAUCGCAAAGGUCGCGGUGCUAAAUCAUCUAAAUGUUAUUUAUGUUUAUUCGUUUGUCUUUCAACGAAGGCAAUACACCUAGAGGUCGUUAGUGACUUAACAACCAAUGCUUUUAUACUUUGUCUCCGUCGGUUUAUUUCACGCCGUGGAAAACCCAAAUUGAUUUGUUGCGACAAUGGCAAAAAUUUUGUAGGCGCAAAAGGUGAACUGAACAGAAUGACCCAAGCCUGUAACCAGUCAGUUAGCGAAUUUGCGCGGGAAGAAGGCAUCACCUUUAAGUUCAUCCCGCCUUAUGCCCCGAACUUUGGUGGUAUUUGGGAGGCAGGUGUAAAAGCAGCAAAAUUCCAUUUACAAAGAAUUGCUGGUAAUACCAAUUUAACAUUUGAAGAAUUAUCUACGUUAUUUUCCCAAAUAGAGGCAAUUUUAAACUCGCGUCCUUUGACCCCUUUGUCAGCUGAUCCAUCGGAUCUAAAUCCACUUACGCCAGGCCACUUCCUGAUUGGACGAUCGCUAACGUCGCUUCCCUCACCUGUGACGGAGAGGAUCACUCUUAAUCGCUACCAGCUUCUAGAACAAUUGCGACAACAUUUUUGGAAACGUUGGAGUACUGAAUACUUAUCUGAGCUGCAAAGAAGAGUCAAAUGGCAAACUCACAACAAACAAUAUAAGGUCGGUGAUCUCGUCGUUAUCAAGGAAGACAACAUGCCACCUAUGAAAUGGAUCGUCGGUCGCAUUAAGCAACUGCAUCCCGGAGCUGACGGUGUCUGCAGAGUUGUAGAUGUCCAAACAACAAAAGGAAUUCUACGACGGGCUAUAAUGAAAAUAUGCCCAUUAUUAACCCAAGAAACUAUUGAAAGUUAA